AUGUUUUUGGUGAUAUUGCCACAACUGAGCCGUGGAUUACUGUCUGAAUUCAAGAUCUGUGGAGAUUCAGAGUGUGAAAGCCUAAUGAGCAGAGUGCAAGCAGUCAGGGAUCACCGUGGAAGGGAUUGUCGCUUCUUGAGUUUCCAACAAGGAGAGACCAUCUUUGUAUACCACAAACUGACUGGAAAGAGGAGCAAUCUUUGGGCUGGCAGUAUUAACAAAAAGUUUGGAUAUUUUCCAAAAGAAACUGUAAAAGAGGAGCAGAAAUUUGCGAGGAAGGAGAUAGUUGUUCCAACACAGGAAUCAGAUUUUCUUUGUGUGGAUGACUUUGGCUAUCCCAUUGACUCCAGUCACUUGGAAACUGAUGAUGAUGUUAAUGGUGAUGAUUCUGAUCUAAGCCAACUUGAGGAUAUUGAAAUGAGUCAAAGAAGCAAUUACACCAAUGAAGAAAAUGCUGAAACGUCUUCAAAAUCUAAAGAUACCACCACAGAAUCUGAUACAUCAGAAGAAGAGCUAGAAAAUCCUGAAACUGCUGUGGAUGUGCAGGAAAAAGGUGGGUCUCCCCCUUCUUCCUGGCUCAAUUCUCCGGUGACAGGAUGGUUAGGUCUAGGACAACAGGAGGAACCUGACAAUUCAGCUGAAAGUAAGAAGAAACAUUUAAUGCGGGAAGAAGAGUCGCUCACAUCUUCAGUGACUGGGUGGCUGGGGUUAAGAAGUGAAGGAAAAUCAGACAAUGCAAAUCAUGGACAACAGGAUGGAGAGUCUAUUAAGUCUUUGCCUUCAACCAUGACUGGAUGGCUUGGCUUUGGUGGUGAAGAAAAAGCAGACUUUUCUGCAGAAAAAGUGCAUGAUGGUGCAAGAGAAAUUGACAUUGAAACAGCACCCGAAGAUAACUUCAGGAGCAGGAAGAUGUAUCUAGAAACACAAAAGGUGACGGGUUGGCUCGGUAAUGGUCUUUCAAAAACGCUGGGGUUCGAUCUGAGUGAACAGGACAAUGGAGAAACUAUACAAGUUAGUAGGGAAGAAGGAGAGAAGGACGAGAAAGAGACAGCAUUCCGUUCUUGGUUUGAUUUGGGAAUCAGGAACAUUUUAGCAUUCAAAAAAGACAACAGUGAAACUGGCGGGAUUGCCUCAGACACAGAGCCUGAGGACGUUGUGCGAGGGCAUGUUAAUUCUGAUGAUAAUAAUAUAGAAGAUUCAACCACCAAUACUAAGGAUAGUGAGUUAGAUAGCACAUCUCAGCAUGAUCAAGACGUCAACCCUCUUGAAAACCAAAAGGUGGUCAUUGACUUGGUUCAAGAUGCUAAGGACGGAGAAAAUAAGUUUGACCACUUAGGAAGUAAGAAUGAUGUCACCCCACUGACAGUGUUCACCGACAUGAAAUCUAGGUCAAUGCAGCAGUCAAUGAGUAAGAUUGAAGAUUCCCAAAAAGAUCAGCUAGACAUCCGUGAUGAGGCAGAGUUUACAAAUCAGGUACAAAACACGGACAACUCCAACAUAUCAUUUGUUUAUGGUGCUAGUGAUGAGAAACACAAAGUUCUGAGGAGAGAUGAGGAAAUCCUUAAGUUGGAAGCGUCUGUAGAUCAGAGUAAAGUGCAAGAAAGUGGGUCUGCAAAUGAGAAACAGGAGGAAGUAAAUGACAAAGAGCAAAAUAAAGAUAUAGAUGAACAAAAAUAUCUGGAUGAUAAUCAAAAGAAUAUAGAAGAGAUUUUACCGAAUCGACUACAUGAGACGAUUCAAGAUGAGUUUAACGAAAGUGCAACGCAUGAGAACUGGAAGGUUUCAGACGCGAACAAAGAUGAAGAAAACAACCAUCUGGAAUUGAAUGUAGACUACUUAAUAAUGAGAGAUAAGGAAUUUACAGAUGAAAACCUUUCAGGAAAGGAUACAGAAAAACAUUCCUCUCAUUGGAGUACACCAACUGAAAAUGGCAAAGAAAUGGAGACCCAAGACCUCCAAGGGACUGAAGUUAGUUUUGUGUCUUCUCUUGCCCCUAAAGCUGAUGAGAAAGAAUCUAUAGAUGAGAAACGUGAUGUAUUGAGCGAGGAAGAAAAACAGAAAGAGAUGAAGCUGACAGAAGAGCAAGAAUUUUCUCAAGUGUUAGUUGAAAAGCAAAAGGAAACGGUUGAGAGAAAGGAAGACAUGCAGAAGGAUUUUACACCUAGCGAAAAGGAGGAGCCAUUAGAAGAAUUGCAAGUAAAGCCACUAGAAGAUUUAACAGACAUGGAGCAGUUACAUUUUAAGAAGAAUGGGGAGCUUCUGGAGGAAGGCAAGCAGGGGAAUGUGGCAGCGUUAAAAGAAGUGAGGAGAAGCAUUAACAUGAAGAAACAUGCAGUGGAGGAUGAGUUGAUCAAAGAGAUUGAAGAGAAGAAACAGGAAAUGCUGAUUACUAGUAUAGAGGAGAUUGAAGAGAAGAAUCAUGUUAAACUUGGGAGCUUUAUAGAGAAAGGCAAUGUAGAGGACUUUGAAGAUGAGAAGGAGGAAACCAUUGAAAGUGGAGAAGGAAAGAAACAUGAGGUGGUGGAACCCGUGAUAGAGACGAAGCAAGAAGUAGUGGAGCAGAACAUAGGAGAGUUUAUAUACAGGCAGGUAGGAAAGUUAGAUGACAAAAACUAUGAAUUGAAUGGUGAGUUAGUAAAAGAGUUGGGCGACAGACAAGAAGAGAGUAGGGAAAGGUUUGAAAAAAAGGAUGAACUAGAUGGUGAGUCAGAAGAAGAGUUAGAAAAUAAGUGGCAAGAAGAAUUCAAAGAUAGGGAGCGGGACAAUGUGGAAAAUCUAGAGAAGUACGAUGCCAAUGGUGAGUUGGCUGACAAGUUAGAAGAGAAGUAUGAAGUGUUUGGUGAGUCAAUAGAAACAUUUGAAAAAAAGAGGCAAGGUGCAUUAAAAGAUGAGGAGCAGGAUAGGUUGGUAAAGUUAGAGAAGUAUGAAGUACAGGGUGAGUCUGUGGAAAAGUUAGAAAAUGAGGAGUAUGUAGAGCUAAAGGUGAAGAAGCAGGAAGACGAAGGAAAGUUAGAGGAGAAAGGGUAUAUGCUGAGUUGUGAGCUUCAGGAGAAGAGGCAAGAAGAGUUAGAAGACAGGGGGCAGAAGGUGGAGGAAAAGAAACAUAGACUGGAUUGUGAGAUGGAAGACAAGAUACAAGAAGAUUUGGAGCAAACGUUAGAAGACAAGUAUGAGGUAGAUAGGGAGUCAGCAGCAAAAUUUGAAAAUAAAAAGCAAGAACAGUUUAAAGAAAAUGAACGGGAAGACGUGCAAACAUUAGAAAAGUAUGAAGCAGAUGAUGAGCCAGUAGAAAAAAUAGAAAAGAAGGAGACUUUAGAGGAGACAAAAGUGAAGCUACAGGAAGAAAUGAAACUGUUGGAUGAGACAUAUGAGGUGAUUGGUCAGUCCGUAGGAAUGUUUGAAGACAAAAGUCAAGAAGAUCCAGAACACAAAGAGCAGGACGAGUCAAAUGAGUUUGAACUUGACAAAUAUGAAGAUUUAAACCCAAGAGUUUUGCAGGAAGAAUUUGACGAGAAUAGAAAUGGGGGGGCAAGAAAUUGGAAACAUGUAGAGGAGUUAGAAGAAGAUGGAACAUGGGAUGGGUUUGUGCAGGCCAAUGAAGAGGUAAAACAAGAGUUUAAUGGGGAUGUUAAGGUUGUUUCGUCAUUGCCUGAUGACAUGAGGCCUGGGCCUGAUCUCUAUGGAAUUCCAUGGGAACCAAUUGUCAUCUCAAGUUUAGUGGGGCUCGUGACAGUGUUCUUGUUCAGUUGCCGAUUUUACCGCUCUGUCAAAAGCAGAAUGUAUCAACGAAAAGAAUGGUGGAUGGCUGAGAAAGUUGCACAAUUGCUUGAAGAGAAAUGUGAAGUCCUGGAAACACUUGGUAAAUGUCAACAAGAGUAUGACGAAUUGGAGAACUCGCUGAAAGAUGGCGGUGUCUUAGCUCAAACCCAUAAGACAAGAGAUUUGGAGGUCAGAGCCCAACAGUUAGAUAUUGAUAAAACUCAACUGGAAAAAACUCUACUUGAAUUGAAGGAUCAGUUGGAUCAGCAGAAAGCACAUCGAAUAGAACAAGAACAGAAGAUUACACUCCUUGAGCAGAGCAUGGAAAAAACAGAGGAAGAAACCAAAGAGCUCCAAUCACAAGAAGAACAGGCCCAAACAACCAUUAAAGUGUACAAUAUGAACUGUGAGAGACUACAGAAGAAUCUGGAAACAUCUUCUGAAGAAAACACUCUGCUCAAAGAAAGCAACACACAGUUAAGGCAACAGGUGGAGGGAUGGGCAGAGCGAGUCAGUGAGCUGGAGGAGGAGAUAAGGCGGUAUGAAUUGGCCCACAACGGAAUGAUGCAGGAUGUGGCCAACAAGGAUGAACGUAUUAUGUCACUCACUGAUCGGCUGCUGGGGAUGAAAGCUUGGGAUGCUGAUCUGGAAGGUGAUAGAAGCGUCACAUCCAAGGGGACUACAGGAAAAGAAAGAAACGGAAAAGUAGAUGCAACCAAGUCAGAAGUUCAUCUCCAGAAAGUCCAAAAACUUAUUUAUGCUGCUAAGUUAAAUGCAGAUCUCAAAUCCGUGGAUGAAGACAAGGACAGAGUGUUUGCCAAACUUAAUGAUGAAGUAAAAGCUAAAGAGGACUUAGAAGUGAGCAUUAAGGAGUUGGAGAAUGAGCAAUCAUCUAUGCAAGCGGAGACUGAGCACUACUCUGAACAGGUCCAGCGACUGCAACAGAAACUCCAAAUUAUGACUGAAAUGUACCAAGAGAAUGAGCUCAAACUACACAGGUUGCUGACAGUGGAAGAAAAGGAGCGUCUGCAGAAAGAAGACAAAUUGAAUAAAGCAGACAAAAACAUUGCUUUGGCAAUGGAGGAACUCAACAACUACAAGCUUCGUGCAGGUGAGAUGGAGGAGGAACUGGAAAAAACCAAGCAGUCGUAUCAGACCCAAAUAUCUGCCCAUGAAAAGAAGGCUCACAAUAAUUGGCUUGCAGCCAGGGCAGCUGACAGAGAGCUGUCAGACAUUAAAAGAGAGAACAGCCUCCUCAGGCAGAAGAUUACAGACACACAGUUUAAGUUGGAUGCCCUUGACAAAGAUCCGUUUGCCUUGGACAGCCUGGCUAGGCCUUUACCUUUCCGAGCUGAAAGAUUGCCAUAUGGUCCUUCUCCUUUGGGUCGGCCUGCAUCUGAGAACAGAGCUUUACUCUCGCCUCCUACACUUGUUGAAGGGGCUUUAAACAGACUGUCACCUAGAGUAACUCGUGGACCAGACACUGGUGUCCAAGGGGAAAUGGAGCGGUUUGGAGGUCCACACUCGGACAGCGGCUCCAUCUCUCCUUCGUGGGAAAAAGAUCGCAGGGGCCCACCACCAGGACCCCCUGGACCAUUCCCCCCUCCAGGCUAUGUGUUUCCUGAACCGGGAGGUCCAAUCUACAGGAGACCUGGUCCUCCACCAGGAGUAAUGGGUCCUCUGCCACCUCCAGGUCCUCCUUUUCCACAUCCAAGGAGUCACCCAAUUUUGGGGCCCUCAGGACCCGUCUACCCCGCAGACACAUCAGAUGGCAUAAGCAGAGAAAACAGCCUAGGACCUGAGCACAAUCACAGAGAGCCUGGUCCCGGUGAUCGAAGAACUCCCCCCGAAUCCGUUCUGAGAAUGGGGGUAGCACCACCUCUCGGUCCAUCGAUGGGCCCUUUAGAUGGCCCAUUUCCUCGAAGAGCACCCUUUGAACCUCCUGAUUUUUUCCCUCCCAGAGGUCCUGGUGGACCUCCCAUGAUGCCCAUGUGGGCUCCUCGGCCAGGGAUGAUGUUCCCUCCUCGGUACCCUCAUGGCGGACCGCUACAACCUCACCCGCUUGCUUAUGGUCCACCAAUGCGCCCUCCUCCAACCGAUGGCCUUCCACCUCUUUCCACGGUUCCUCCCAUUUCCCAGCAGAACCUCUCGUCUGUGCCACACAGCCAAUCACUAGAUGAUCAAACAUCUCCUCCUUAA